CAAGAUAACUAAAGGCUACCUAGAGCAAGCAGGCAAAAUGCCAGUUGGAAAUCUACCAAACUGCAGCAGUGCCUCUAAUUUCCGGCAUACUUUAUACGCAACCACCUACACCGCCAUCUUCAUACCUGGCUUGCUCGCUAACAUCAUUGCUCUUUGGUUUCUGCACCAGUUUAUUAACAAGAAUAACAAGGCCAUUAUAUUCAUGAUCAAUUUGGCACUGGCCGACCUUGCCCAUGUUCUGUCAUUGCCUCUGCGGAUUUACUACUACAUCAAUCACACCUGGCCAUUUCAAAACUUUUUAUGCUUGUCUUGCUUUUAUCUUAAGUAUCUGAAUAUGUAUGCGAGUAUUAUCUUUUUAACACUUAUAAGUGUUCAACGUUACGUCUUCACUGCAAACCCUUUCAAAGCCAAAGACUGGAAGAGGAGGUAUGAUGUUGCAAUCAGCAUAGGUGUAUGGGUAGUGGUGGGUACUGCUUGCCUGCCAUUCCCAAUUUACAGAAGCGUGGGAUUGAAUAACACAAGCACCAGUUGUUUUGCCGACCUUGAAAUCAAACAAAUGAAUGUUGUGACGACGGUUGUCAUGCUUACUGUAGCAGAGCUGGCCGGAUUUCUCAUCCCUCUCAUUGUUAUCACUUACUGCACGCUAAAAACAAGAGCACGACUAAAAGAUGCAUCUCUGCAGUGUGAGAACGUAAAAGAAAAGCACAAAGCUCUAUGGAUGGUAAUAACAUGCGCAUGUGUAUUCUGUAUCUGCUUCACUCCAUACCAUAUCAUCUUCUUCUUUUACGUAAUGAUCAGUUCGCAAGUAAUCCAAAACUGCACUGUGGAGAAAGUUGUCAUGACGUUACACCCCUUCUCUCUUUGUCUCGCAAGUAUUAAUUGUUGUCUGAACCCAAUCAUAUAUUAUUUUACGGCAACGGAAUUCCAAAAUGAAGUGGCAAAACGCAGUAAUUCAAUGGCUCGUGUCCGCCUUAUGAACAGAGAAAGUGUUAAUAGUAGAUAGUAACCUUGUUGGAUUUAUAUUGUUAAAGUAUUUUCUGUUUAUAGCAAAUGUGUAUGUAUUGCUUACAGUAUAUUGAUAGAUAGUAAUUUAGAAGGCUUACCUCUUCUUCUACACUAGACCAUCAUUCUCUGUGUUCAAUACAUUUUCCCAUGGCCCUUUGCUGAAAAUAGUCAAAUGGAAAGGCUUACAUGUGAUUGGAUGGGAGCAAAUCAUGUGACUUAUCCUAUGGCGCUCAAAACUAGUCAGUUGCCUCUCUCAGACCAAGAAAGUCUGCUGUUUGGAAAUGUGUCACAUUAGUAACAAAUACAGGGCCGGGUUAAGGGCUACAUGGCCUUGGGUCUUUAAAUGCUGAAGGACCUAUAUACUGAGAAAGGGUGGAGUUAUGACCAGUGCUGCUGUGUAGGUGUGGCCAAAGCCACCACGGUGUAUACACCCCUUACACUAUUAGUCCCACUGUCUCCCUAUAAAUAUAUGACUUGCAUAAUAAUUGUGCCAGAAAAACUAGAAAUAACAUUUUAAUACUUAUGAUGUAUGGCUGACUGUGUCUAACUAGCAGCUGGUCAUCAUUGUGUUGCAUGAUGACUGGUCUAUUCUUAUGUUGAGGCCUGGAGCUAUACAGUAGCUGUAUUUUAAUCAGUCCCAUUGUUAAUCUGGCCCUGAAUAAAUACCUGUUUAGUGCAAACAGUCAGUGCCAGAUUAAAGCAUGUGUGUGCACAAGGGCUACUAAAUUAUGGUGGCCUUCCACUAAUAAAACUAAAUGCUGUGCUUCAGUUUUAAUAGCAGUGCCAGUGGGCAAUUCUAGGUGACAGUGUGUAGGGACCCCUAAUGUAUAGGGGUACCAGGGCAACCUGCCCUGUCGCCCCCGAGUCCUAUAACCUGGCUCUGCACAUGGUUAGUGGAACUCAGAAAGAGAUUUCAGUAAAAUAUUUCCUAAAAAAAAAUAUUGGUAGGAACAGGAUAACAGUGUUCAUUUGAAACGGUGUGUGAUUUUUAGGAAUGAGAGGUUCUUUAUGCUAUACCAAUAUCAAUUUUUCUAUAGACUAGAUAAUGGGAGUAAUUCAUGUUUGUAAGUAAAGCAACAAAAAAAAAAAAACAAGUAACUUUGGGCCUAAUUCAGCAUGGGCUGCAGUUGCCCACUACAACCCUUCACACUAGCAUACGGGGGAAUGCCCAGCACAGGGCAAGUCCAUCCCGCAUGCCAGCCCCCCUACACACACACCUGCAUGCGUACCCUUCGCUCAGUGGGGGGAUAGAUAUAUAUAUAUAUAUAUAUAUAUAUAUAUAUACAUACAUAUAUAUAUUUUACUUGUUUUUUUAUUUUAAGCAAUACUUGAUACAAGUGGAUAACUAUAUGUGGAAUAUAAAAUGUCUUACUUGUAUAAUGACAAAACACCAGUGGCAAUACUGUAUUUCCUUUGUUUUACAAGACUGUAUUUACUGUUCAUCUAAAUAAAAGAUUUCAUUAAAAUUGUA